AUGUCGGGGCGGAAGGAGACGGUGCUGGACCUGGCCAAGUUCGUCGACAAGGGCAUCCAGGUCAAGCUCACCGGCGGCAGGCAAGUUACAGGAACUUUGAAGGGCUAUGACCAGCUUCUGAACUUGGUGCUUGAUGAAGCGAUUGAGUUUGAAAGAGAGCAAGAUGAUCCACUGAAACUGUCGACAAAAACCAGACAGCUUGGUCUCAUUGUCUGCAGGGGCACAGCGGUGAUGCUCGUAUCGCCAACCGAGGGAACAGAGGAGAUCAAAAACCCCUUCCAAGAGGCUGAUGGAGAACAAACCGCUCACUCCUAA